AUGGCAACGCCGUCGCUCGCGCUCGCCGGCGAGCUGGCGACGCUAGACGUCGAGGCGCCGGACCUCCGCGGCCGCGUCGCGCUGCUCGUCGCGAAGGCGCGCGCCGUCGUCGCCGAGUCGCGCUGCGUGCCCGUGCCACCGCACGCGCUGCUCGCGCCGCCGCCGCCCGUCGCCGUGCCGCCGCCGGCGCCGCCGGCGCCGAAGCCGCCAAAGGCGAGGGGCCGCAAGGCGGCCGGCCCGGCGCCGGUCCGCGACCCCGUGUCGGGCAAGUUCAAGUGCGACGCCUGCCCGGCCCUCUUCGACACGUCCGGCGCCCUCAGCGGCCACCGGCGCUUCUGCGACGGCGGCAAGUGGCGCUGCGCCUGGUGCGAGUGCACGGCGCUCGAGGCCGGCGGCAAGAACCCGGGCCCGGGCGGCGCGGCGACGCUCUGCGGGCCCUGCGGCGGCCGCUACCGCGGCGGCGCGACGGGCCCGCCGAAGCGCGACGCCGAGGGCAAGUACCUCUGCGACCACUGCGGGCGGCCCCACGACUCGCUGGGGUCGCUCGCGAGCCACAGCCGGCGCUGCGACGGCGGGUCGUGGCGCUGCGACUGGUGCAAGUCGACGGACGUCAAGGGCAAGAACCCGGGCCCGCGGGGGCCCGCGACGCUGUGCGGGCCCUGCGGCGGCCGCUACCGCAGCGGCGCCGACGGCCCGGCGCUCAAGGACGCGGCGACGGGCAAGUACCGCUGCGCGCACUGCCCCGCGCUCUUCGACUCCAUCGGCGCGCUCAGCGGCCACCGGCGCUUCUGCGACGCGGGCUCCUGGCGCUGCGACUGGUGCGAGUGCACGGCCUUGGAGGCCGGCGGCAAGAACCCGGGCCCGCGCGGCGCGGCGACGCUCUGCGGGCCGUGCGGCGGCCGCUACCGCGGCGGCGCGACGGGCCCGCCGACGAAGACCGCGGACGGCAAGUACCUCUGCGACCACUGCGGCCGGUCCCACGACACGCUGGGGUCCCUGGCGAGCCACGCGCGGCGCUGCGACGGCGGCCACUGGCGCUGCGACUGGUGCAAGAUCACGGACGUCAAGGGCAAGAACCCGGGCCCGCGGGGCCCCGCGACGCUCUGCGGGCCCUGCGGGAGCCGCUACCGCGGCGGCGCGACGGGCCCGCCCACGGUCGACGCCGCGGGCAAGUUCGUCUGCGACGCCUGCGGCCAGAAGUACGACACGCUCGCGGGCCUGAGCGGCCACGCGCGGUUCUGCGUCGGCGGCGUCGUCGACGACGCGGGCGCGGACGCGGACGUGUGCCCCCUGGGCCUCUGGCUCGCGCCCGCCGCCGGCGACGGCGGCGCCACGGCCGUCUUACCGGAAACCGUCGUCUCGCUCGGCGACGCGGCGCCGGACGUCGUCGGCGCCGCGCUGAGCACGUGGGAUUUCGCGACGUACGUUUGCGCGCGGAUCGACGGCGACCCGAAGCCCUGGUCCGGCGACGACGUCGACGCGGCGCUCGCGGGCGAGGCCUACGUCUGGCUCGGCGCCGGCGACGCCGUCGCCAAGGCCGUGGGCGCCCGGGGCGCCUCGUGGCCGUCCUACGAGGCGGAUUUGACGGAGCGCGGGGGCCGGCCGCGCGGCGCGCUGCACCGCCUCCACGGGACGCUCGUCGCGCUGAUCGUCGGCGACGUCGCCGACGCGCCGGCCCUGCCGCGCACGGCCCACGGCUUCCGCGCGACGAAGGCCGGCGGCGCGGCGGGCAAGCGGAAGCGGGAGGACGACGAGCCCGCAAUCGCGCCGCUGCAGGCGUCCGCGGACGCCGCGGCCGUGCGCGUCGCCGACGCCGUCGAGCUGCUCCGGGAGGCCCAGGGCUCGGGCUGGUACGCAAUCUUCGUCGCCUUCGCGCGCUGCGUGCUCGCGCGGCGGCUCCACGACGCGGCUUCCAUGCGCCUCGAGCGCGGCGUCGACGAGAGCGCGGAAUUAAGCGACGACCUCUGGCCCCUGGACGGCGCCGCGGCGCGGGACGCCGCGGCCUACGCGGCGCUCUGGAAGCGGCGCCGGGAGCACGACCACAAGGACCCGUCGCGCCACGAGAUCGGGGAAGCGGCGGCCGACGAGGCGGCGUGCGCGGCGUGCGAGGCGGCGCUGGCGUGCGCCGGGGUCGACACGGGCGGCGGCGGCGGCGCGCCCUACGAGGCGCUCGGCGUCGCGGACCGCGUCGGCGUCGGCGCCGCGCUCCGCGACGUGGCGCUGCUCACGGCGGCCGCGCGGACCGACGGUUCACGCGCCGUCGACGCGCUGCGGCGCCUCGGCGGCGCGCGGCGCGCGGAGGCGGAAACGCCCCGGGAGCCGCGGCGGCCGCCGGGCGCGCUGCUGGCCGUCUUCGGCGGCGAGCCCCGCGCGACGAAGCGCGUGGCGCUGGCGCUCGGCGGGUCCCGCGUCGCGCGGCACGUUGUCGACGACGACUCGGACGACGAAGCGGACGACGCGUUGAACGGCAAGUACGCGGCGCUCCGGUGCGCCGUCGGCAGCUUCCGCCGGUCGCCCCUGGGCGGCGACGGCGCGGGCCGCACCUACUGGGUCCUCGGCGAGCGCUGGGACCGCGUCUUCGUCGAGCCCGAGCGGCGGUCCGGCGACCCGUGGCGCGAGGUCGCCGCGCCGGCGGACCUCGACGCGCUCCUCGCGUCCCUCGGCGACGGCGCGCUGAAGCGCGUCCUCGGCCGCGUCGAGGGCAAGCUGCGCGGGGCCAUGUGUGCGGACCCGAUGGCCUGCACGCUCUGCGGCACCGUGCCCGACGGCGGGCAGCUCCUGCUCUGCGACGGCGCGGGCGACGGCGAGCCCUGCGCCCAGGAGUGGUGCCUGGCCUGCGCCGGCGUCGCCGACGUCCCCGACGGCGACUGGUUCUGCGCGAAGCACAAGCCGAGGCCCCGAGAGAAGGAGAUCUAG